AUGUCGACCUCUUCCGGGACUCCUGAAUCAUGGAUCUCGUCCUUCUGCUCCCUCCUCGGCCACGAAUAUUUUGCCGAGGUAUCCGAAGAGUUUAUCGAGGAUGACUUCAACCUCACCGGUCUUCAAAACCAGGUGGCAAUGUAUAAAGAGGCACUAGAGAUGAUUCUUGAUGUAGAACCCGAGGACGAUGAAGAAGACGAGGACGAGGACGAGGAAGACGAGGAAGACGUGUCCGGAGACGGCCGGGAUAUGAUGGGCGGGCAGGCGCAUGGCGGGAGGAGGCAUCACAGCCGCGUCGCCAGCGACCUUUCAGUUAUUGAGUCAUCAGCUGAGAUUCUCUACGGUCUUAUCCAUCAGCGAUUUAUCUGCUCGAGGGCCGGCAUCCAACAAAUGUCGGAGAAGUACGAGCUGGGCCAUUUCGGCAUGUGCCCCCGGACGAAUUGCAACCAGACCAGGACGCUGCCUGUCGGCCUGUCAGAUAUACCCGGCGAAGACACGGUCAAACUCUUCUGCCCCUCCUGCCUCGACGUCUACGUUCCGCCCAACAGCCGUUUCCAGACGGUGGAUGGCGCCUUCUUUGGCCGCACCUUUGGCGCCCUCUUCCUUCUUACCUUCCCCGAGUACGACCUGACCAAGACUGGUGCCGAGACGGCCGCCAACCUGCCCCGGACAACGGAUGAGCACGCCAUGAUCAACGGGGUGUACGCACGAAACAUCGCACCAGGGCUUGGCCGCGGCAAGAUAUAUGAACCCAGAAUUUACGGUUUUAAGGUGUCCGAGAUGGCGCGUUCCGGACCGCGCAUGCAAUGGCUGCGCAGCAAACCCGACGACCUCAGCGUGCUAGACGAGGCUCGCCGUUUCGCCGAAGAGCACGGUGACUCCGACGACGAUGACGAGAGUAUGAGCAUGAACGGAAGGCCCAUAGCGAGGAGACGGCCGCCUGGGAACGCGAAGCUGAGACAGAGGCAGGCCCAGAAUGGGAGUCCAAUGGCUGUCGAGGCCAACGGAGCGGAUUCAGAGCUUUAG